AAAGUCGUCGACUACGCGCAAGUCCAGGCCGACAUCUCUACAGGACACCCAACACAAUUCAACACGUCAUUCCACUCCGAUAUUGACGCCCCCGAUCUGCGAAAAAUAUCCAACUCGCCUUACUCAUAUAAAAGAUGGUUAACACUUAUCCUCCAAUCGCGCGACCUGUCGCCUUCCGCAGUACAGCAAGUCUCACUCACCGAUUCACAAACACGACUCUUGCUCCAAGCAUGCAAUGCUUCAUUUCAGAUCGGCCGUGUUAACCCAACACUUGCGGAAGACUUGGCCGACGAGAUAGCUCCCGCUUUCUCUCAUCUCCGUUUCUUGCCUGAAGGCUUAUUCGUCCGCCUUGAUGACUGUUCGCCCAAAGCUGGAGCCCAAAUCAUUCCAGGCAGAAAGUUCUUACAUACCAUCGACAAGUUUAUUCUUCGCAUUGUCACUUCCGGCCGUUUCCAAGCUGCUCUCGAGUAUCUCGAUCUGAGAGACUUUGCCGUCCCCAUUAGCAAGCUCAAAGAGCAAGGCAAAACACAAGGGGCUUUGAAGUGUCUCGACGAAUUUCUUGUUGCUAAGGCCGGUGCUAAGAUGAGCGACCUGUACAGUGAUAUGUGGGAUGACUGCGAGUCCUACUUUGGCGAGCAGCAGGAAGACGCCAAGGCCAAAGGGAAGAUGGAUUGGACACCUCUACCGAUCGAAGCGCCCAAGACUAGGGAGGAGGCUAUUGAGCUCCGCAGAAUUUCGGCAAAGGAGAACGCUAAAGACCCGACUGAGCCUACGAAGCUCUAUGAUAUCAUUCAGAGCAACAAGGAUGCUGCUGAACUAGACAAAACCGGAUCCUACCUCUCGAUUCAAGUCGACUCGCUUGCGUUUGAAACCUUCACGAAGCUCUUCGGGAACUCCAAACCCCGGAAGCGGAUCAUAUGGGAAGAUCUAGAGUACUCGUUGGAAUUAAUCGGGUUCUCGUCGAGGUCUAUAUACGGGAUCUGCACUUACUUCAUUGCAGACGAGGCCAUUUCAGAGCUGCUGCUUACUAUCAAACACCCCUACAAAUCGGAAGUCCCUAGUCGAACGCCUGUCAUACUUGCCCGGAGAUUGCUAAAGGCUUACAGGUGGAAUUUGAGCUCAUUCAGUUGA